UAUGUAUGCGGACGGCUGCGCGGGCGUGAGCGAGGCUUGUGGCUUAUUUAUUUGUUUAUUUGCCGGCCGGCUGGGAAGCUAGACUGAGAGGGGCUGGCGAGUGGAUCUGGGGCCGAGGCGAGCAGGAUUGGGACACGUUUGGGUUUUGUUUUCUCUUUGAAAAAUCCUAGUGGGCCCUUCUUUCUUGAUUGGACUUGAUCCCCCAUUUUUUGGGGGGGUAGGGUGGAGAGGGAGAGAAGCUCCGAGGGGCGCCAGUGCUCCGGGCCCUCCUCGGCUCUCGGCAGGACUGGCCGUGGCGCCGGAGCUCGCCGUGCGCUCCCGGCCGCGCUCGGUGGGCGCCCCGGCUCUGCACCUGAUGCAUGCGGGAUGCCUUUGCCACCACGGCGCGCCAGCGGCCGGCUCUCGCAGCCCCUGGCGCACUCCCGCACGCGCCCUAAACGCGCAGAUCCUGCCGGCCUGCGACCCACUGAAACGCACAGACGCGCUCCGCACCGGCUAGCUCGCCGCCUCCCCGGGUCGCUCGCCACGUCCCCGGGCCCGGCACGCCCGGCGGCUGCUGCCGCUGGCCCGAAACCGGGAACCUUGCUCAUUGCUCCCCGGGGGUCACGGCCCUGGGUCGGAGCCGGGGGAGCCCGGAGACCCCCUUAUCUCCCCUUCUCGCACGAGUCGCUGCAGGGCUUUUGUGCUGCCCCUUCGCGGCGGGCCGGGUCCGUCUCCCAGCCCGCCGGACUCGUCGCCUUUCGCCUGCUCUCUUUCGUUUUCCCUCUCCCUAGCUCGGCUUCUUUCCUUUCAGGCGGCUGACUCCCCAGGAAAAGUUGCUUCCCCAAGUUUGCCGAACUCGUCUCCAAGUCUCGGCGGGGUCUCUGGGAGCUCGGGGCGUGUGCGCGCGUGCUCGGUGCCCGCAGCUCGGGCGGCUGAGUGCUGGCUUUCCCCCGAGCCGCGGGAGUGGAGCCGCAGCCUGCGCCGGCCGCAUCGAGGGCGCCGAGCGGCGGGUCAGGCGGGGGGACGACUGACCCAGGGCACCGUGGUCUCCCUCUGGAGCUACAGGGUUGGUUUGGAGGAAAGGGGCACUUCCAUUCUCUUCGGUUGCCUCCUCCUGUUUUCCUGCAACUCCCGGGUCUGCAGGAAAGCACAGGGCAGCGAGGCGUGCGUGGAUGGCCGUCCCACUGUCUGUGGCCACGGUCCCCACCCUGGGCUGGGCAGCUAAAGUGUCUUGACCAGCCAACCCCGUUAACCCUUUCUUUCUGCUUGAGCUAGGUGCCUUAGGAGCCAGUAGGGCUGCUUUUGGGCGUGGUGAGGAGCAGUGUUUGAGGAGUGAGGCGCGCGGGCUGUGUUCGCCGCCGUCACGCACUGCGAUAUCUGCAGCCAGGGAGAAGUUGGGAGGGGCCUGGCCGGCCAAGGCUUCCUGGUACUCCUUGAACGGGGUGCGGAGUCCCGACCAGGCUCUGGGAGAGACCUUUGUCUCCCAGCCCUGUCCUCACACCAUGGAUGCUGGUGCCAGUGUCACUUGCAGCACCUCUGAGACUGGCCAGCAUCAGUUGCUGCUCCUGGUCACAGGACUUGCCAACUCCUGGGAGCCUCUGGGAGACUUGGAGGCCACGCCCAGCCCAGCCUGGGCACCGCUGGCUGUUGGAAAGCCCUUUCUUAUGAUUACUCUUUGUAACUGCCUGGCCCAUUGGCCUUCAGAUUUUUGCCGUUCCUGUCCCUGAGCACUUGUGGACAGGAGGUCUCCUGCAUCGGCCCAGGAAACCUACCCUGCCCCGCCACGCAGAGCACAGACGGAAGGGGAGCCUCAUGCCUGAGCCGAGGGCAGCGCCAUGGAUCUGACGAAGAUGGGCAUGAUCCAGCUGCAGAACCCCAGCCACCCCACGGGGCUGCUGUGCAAGGCCAACCAGAUGCGGCUGGCUGGGACGCUGUGCGAUGUUGUCAUCAUGGUGGACAGCCAGGAGUUCCACGCCCACCGGACGGUGCUGGCCUGCACCAGCAAGAUGUUUGAGAUCCUCUUCCACCGCAACAGCCAGCACUAUACUCUGGACUUCCUCUCGCCAAAGACCUUCCAGCAGAUUCUGGAGUAUGCCUACACGGCCACGCUGCAGGCCAAGGCGGAGGACCUGGACGACCUGCUCUAUGCGGCCGAGAUCCUGGAGAUCGAGUACCUGGAGGAGCAGUGCCUGAAGAUCUUGGAGACCAUCCAGGCCUCAGAUGACAACGACACGGAGGCCACGAUGGCUGACGGCGGGGCUGAGGAGGAAGAGGACCGCAAGGCUCGGUGCCUCAAGAACAUCUUCAUCUCGAAGCAUUCCAGCGAGGAGAGUGGGUACGCCAGUGUGGCUGGACAGAGCCUCGCUGGGCCCCUGGUGGACCAGAGCCCUUCCGUCUCCACCUCGUUUGGGCUUUCAGCCAUGAGUCCCACCAAAGCUGCCGUGGACAGUCUGAUGACCAUAGGACAGUCUCUCCUGCAGGGGACGCUUCAGCCACCUGCGGGACCCGAGGAGCCGACAUUGGCUGGGGGUGGCCGGCACCCUGGCGUGGCCGAGGUGAAGACGGAGAUGAUGCAGGUAGACGAGGUACCUGGCCAGGACAGCCCUGGGCCAGUCGAAUCCAGCGUCUCGGGAGGACUGGGGGACAAAGUUGAGGAAAGGAGCAAAGAGGGCCCUGGGACCCCAACUCGCAGCAGCGUCAUCACCAGUGCCAGGGAGCUGCACUACGGGCGGGAGGAGAGCGCCGAGCAGCUGCCACCCCCGGCUGAGGCUGGCCAAGGCCCCCCGGGCCGCCUGGAGCACCCAGCAGCCCCUGCGGAGAAGCGCCUGGGCAUCUACUCGGUGUUGCCCAACCACAAGGCUGACGCCGUGUUGAGCAUGCCGGCGUCGGUGACCUCUGGGCUCCAUGUGCAGCCUGCGCUGGCCGUCUCCAUGGACUUCAGCACCUACGGGGGUCUGCUGCCCCAGGGCUUCAUUCAGAGGGAGCUUUUCAGCAAGCUGGGCGAGCUGGCGGUGGGCAUGAAGUCGGAGAGCCGGAGCAUGGGCGAGCAGUGUAGCGUGUGUGGGGUCGAGCUCCCUGACAACGAGGCUGUGGAGCAGCACAGGAAGCUGCACAGUGGGAUGAAGACGUACGGGUGUGAGCUCUGCGGAAAGCGGUUCCUGGAUAGUUUGCGCCUGAGAAUGCACUUACUGGCUCAUUCAGCGGGUGCCAAAGCCUUUGUCUGUGAUCAGUGCGGAGCCCAGUUUUCCAAGGAGGACGCCCUGGAGACGCACAGGCAGACCCACACCGGCACAGACAUGGCCGUCUUCUGUCUGCUGUGUGGGAAGCGCUUCCAGGCACAGAGCGCGCUCCAGCAGCACAUGGAGGUCCACGCAGGCGUGCGUAGCUACAUCUGCAGCGAGUGCAACCGCACCUUCCCCAGCCACACGGCCCUGAAACGCCACCUGCGCUCACACACAGGUGACCACCCGUACGAGUGCGAGUUCUGUGGCAGCUGCUUCCGGGAUGAGAGCACACUCAAGAGCCACAAGCGCAUCCACACGGGCGAGAAGCCCUACGAGUGCAACGGCUGCGGCAAGAAGUUCAGCCUCAAGCACCAGCUGGAGACGCACUACAGGGUGCACACAGGUGAGAAGCCCUUUGAGUGCAAGCUGUGCCACCAGCGCUCCCGGGACUACUCGGCCAUGAUCAAGCACCUGCGCACGCACAACGGCGCCUCGCCCUACCAGUGCACCAUCUGCACGGAGUACUGCCCCAGCCUCUCCUCCAUGCAGAAGCACAUGAAGGGCCACAAGCCCGAGGAGAUCCCGCCCGACUGGAGGAUAGAGAAGACGUACCUCUACCUGUGCUACGUGUGAAGAGGCGCCCGGGGCCGGGGGAGGAGCGCGGGACGACGUGGAGGAAGGACUGUGCGCAAAGACACAAACGGAAAAGGAAGAAAGGAGAGAAGAGAAAGAAAUCGAAAAGCUGGUGGGCCUUGGGUUCUCCCUGGGGCUCUGGAGCCUGGGAUGCUACGCCACUGCCCCUUCCCCCUUCUUUCCUGGGCCUGAUUUUCUUGGGAGGGGUAGGGCGGGGGUGGUUUUGCUCACUCAGAUGGAGGCAGCCUUUCCCUCUCUCUCUACCCAGACCCGCCUCUUGUGUCCAGAAGUGGAGGCGGGGGACAGGGGAGAGGGCCUCUGGUCCCAGUCUGCCUGCCCUCGUCCCACUGCCUCUGAAGCCGAGGGAGGGGAGCAGCGGACACAAGGCUGAGCUGGCGGGGCAGGGCUGGGCCUCGGUCGACACUCAUGAUGGCAGCUCUGGCUUCCCAGUGGCUGAUGGGACAGGGGAAGAGCCCCUGGCUCGUCCCAGCACUCAACUUUCACCUGUUGCUUUCCCCGCCUGCCACCCCUGAGCAUCCCCUCCUGGCCUCCAAGAACCCCGAGGCUCUGGGCUGAGCUCCUCAUGCCCUGCCGGCAGUCAGGACCUGGGGGCACUCUGGGCUCCUCCUGGCUCUGACUCUCGGAGGCACUGUCUUCCUUCGCCUGUGUCCUGGUUGAGGAGCUGCCUCCUGCCUUUGCUUUUGAGAACAGAAUGGAAGGGAUGGAAUAGCCUAGCCCAGCCAGUCAAGCCCCUUCUUCCAUCACAAGGGAGAUUCCUGCCAAGCUGCUUUUUGCUUCCAAAAUGGAAAAUCGUAACCACCGAGUGUAUAGUUAACUCCCCACCAUGCAAACAGUCCCUCCAACCCUCUUCAGUUGCUAGGGGAAAGAGUCCAAGAAAGACUCAUUGUCCAGGGGGAGCCAUGGGGGUGUCUUUGUCCAGAUGGGCCCUACACCUGCGCACGGGAACAGACGCUCCGCCUGAACUGUUAGGCCGUAUCAGGGACCCCCUCAACGUGGGGACCGGGGUCCCCCAGACCUAGUGAGGCCCUGGGGACGCCCGGGUGCAGACAGCAGCACAGAAGCCCAGCUCCAGGGCCCCUCAGUCCACAGGGUUGGGGUUGGGGUGGAGGGAGGAGUGGAAAGUGUUUUGGCCUUGUGUCAUGUUUUGCUUCUUUUCUGUGUCCCCUGUCAGCACAUUGUACUUGAAUUACCUCAGUUUUUUGUGACCUCAUGAGCUUUUUUCACCCCCUGCUUUUUUUUUUUUUUUUUUUUGGGGGGGUUGGGGGGUUGGAGGAACGGGGAGGGUAUCCUUUUCUGUUUCUUGUGUAAAUCAAUAGUUUAUAGACUUCAGCUGGCCUGGGCCUCCCAACCACAAGGCACUGUGUGGAGGAGUCAAGUGCUCAGGAUCUGAAUGGGAGGGUGGGCGCAGGGGAUGGUGCCCCGGGGUCUCGCUGCCCCCACAGGGGCCUCCAUCCUAGGCUCUUAAAGCCUCAGUGCCCUGUAGGAGAUCAGCCCAAAACACUCAGGAGAAAAUCCCACCUUUCUUUCCACCACUCUGCUGGGCCAGCCAGCUGGGAGGGCUCGCCCGCCUGUGUCCAUGGCCACUGCCACAGAGCCUCUAGGUUUCUGUGGCUGGUCUGGGGACGAGCCAGCUUUUAGUUCUGUUGUGUUGGGGUGGAGGUGUGGUUUCUCCAAAAGCUACCUCUUGUGUUCAUCCAAGUGUUCUUUUGUCCCCCGUUGGCUGCUCUGCUCCCCGCCUUUGCCCCGCCCCCUCGGAGUGUGGGAAAGCACGCUUGGGAUCUCCACGUCGGCUUUGGGGUGAUGCUCUGUUACAUCUCAUGCUCUCUGUGUAAGGAGUUUGACUUGUGUUCUUUUUCUUUCCUUUCUCUUUCUGAGAAAGUUGUGGCUGCGUUUGGAUCUUAGGUUUUAGGAAGUGGUUUGGGGGGAGCAGGGUGGUGAAGGAGCACAUGGAGGUCAGAGGGGUGGGUGCUGCUGAGACCACCCUCCCCCGCCCCACCCCUCCUGUCUUGUCUAUGGAAUCUGAAGGCCUUAAAAACCGUAUGGGAGGAGCAGUGGACCUGGGGGAGGGGGGCUGUGUCACUAGACUGGGUUAGGCAGGUAAGGUAGGGAGUAACUAUGACUUUGUGCUUUGAAAAGGACGAGAGAUUCACCUGUCAUGUUGAGAAUGUGAAAAGAGCAGGAUCAUUGGGGGAGGGGCCGGGUAAGAAACCACUGUGCACUCGUCCCUCCUUCAUGGGCCUUCAAGGCAUCUGGAAAAAAACAGUAUUUUUAAUGGCAAGAUGUCAUUCAGCAUUGGAGGGGAAAUUAAAAAAAUAAUCCCACUAUUCCUUAGAACUAGCUGGCCUUUCUCCCCCACCCUUCCCACUCAGCCUGGCCUCCCCCUGCCCCUGGUCACAGAAGCUGAGAGGGGUGAGCUACUCUUUACAAAUUGUAAUAUUUUUGUAAUAUUUGUUCUUCCAUCAGUUCUACAGGACCUGGCCCUUCCUUUUGUAAUGUGAAUAGGGAAAACAAAAUCCACACCACCACCACAGUGUCCCUGUGUAUGCACGUGUGCGUGUGCUUUGUGUGUGUGGCCAAUCACGCAGAGGUGCCUCGAUCUGGUCUUGCAGCAUUAGAUGGUACUAGGUCUGCACCUGCCUGCCUCUCCCGGUUUGGAGGUCGGGGGGUGGGGGGGAUCGUUUCUGAGGGAUGCUGGACAAGCCCAUCCCUGUUCUUGCUGCACAGUCUGCUCUGCUCCCACCAAGCCCCAAGUCACCCCGAGGAGGGAGGCUCCAGUCUCCCUCUACCCCAGUUUCCUACCCACAAAGACAAAACAGUUCAAAAGUUGGCAAGGGCUUCCUGGCCGGGAAAGCAGCCGUCCUGGGGCUGCGGCGGUGGCUGGAGUUCAGGAGUGGGUGGAGGGUGCUCCUUCCCCAGAUGAACUCAGUAUCUGCCCUCCCCGCUUUUCUCUGCCCCUGGCUCCUAGGGCCACCUGGCUGCCUUUAGCUGACCACUCCGCUUACUCCUGCCUUACCCAGCACAGUGACGCCUGCGCAGCCUGGGCAGUCCCAGUUGUUAAUAGUCCCCUCCGUGUGCACACCUGGCCCUUCAUACCUGCGGUGAGUGAUCCCUCACCCCUGUGCUCUUCCCCUCUUUAUUCAUUCAAAGCAUUAAAAUCCUAUGUGUAUAUAGGAUAGACAAAUAUAUAUAGAGAGAUAUAUAUAGCAAGAGAGAUAUAAAAUAGUAACUAUCGUUGCUGCUUUGGGCUGCUUUGGAGGAGGCUACGAGUAUGGGGAAGGCAGAGAUGGGGCACAGGGGUGGAGCAGGAGGCUGGGGGGACCCAGCGUUCCGUACAAUCCAGGGAUGCAACACGGGCUUGUUUGAUUUUUGUGCCUGAACAGUUUUUCCCAUGUUGAGAAAAAAAGGAAAAAAAAAAAAAAAACUGCUGCAAUUUUUCACAAGUGUAUAGCCCUUCUCUCGAGGCUGCUGGUGUAACUACUACAGGUGGGCAGGAGAGGACGUGGGCUUGUCUCCUAGGGCAAGGGACACAGGUGCGGGAGGCCUUUGGACUCUGCCCAUCGGAGGUGGCAGGGGGUGUGGUUUUUCUGGGGGUGGGGGACAAUUCAUUGGCAAGCCCACCUGGGAUGGAAAGUGGGGACACCAGGAUGGAGGAGGAGGAGGGGGAGAGCCUGCUUGUUGGUUUUCCCAAGGCCCACGUUGCGCUUGUCUGUUCCCUUCACCUGGGCCCUGCUCCGAAGCUCCUGCUGGCUGGGCUGGGGUGGCAGCACUAACCUGGAUAUUGCAGUGGGAGACAAGAAGCCAAACUAAGGUAGCAAUGGCCAAGAGAGGGGUGCAGGACAAGCCUGGGAGGGGAAGAGGGUGGGGAGCGGGCCUGUGUGCUGGCAGCAUCCCCCAGGCCUCGGCGGCCUGUGGGGCAGACAGGGUCCCUGCCUCCUGGGUGUAUCAUAGAGUUCGUUCGCAUAGUGUGAUGCAUGAUGCUCGUGAGGUUACGAAGCCGUGGUGGUGCACCAUGACAUCCGACCCCCAUAGAUAAAGAUAAAUAUAUAUAUAUGUAUGUAAAUUAUAGCACUGAGGGCCCUGCGGCCCUGCUGGACCAAGCAAAACUAAGCCUUUUGGUCUGGGUAUUUUGUUUUCGUUUUGUUUCUUGUUUGUUUCUGUGGCUUGUCUUACGUCGUGACAGCACAAGUGCCAGUCCGAUUGCUCUGUAUUACAGAAUAGUGUUUUUAAUUCAUCAACGUUCUAGUAAUUGUCUACCUCAGCACCUCCUCUUAGCCUAAUUUUAGGAGGUUGCCCAAUUUUGUUUCUUCAAUUUUACUGGUUCCUUUUUGUACAAAUGCACCUCCACCUCUGUCUCUAUCUUUUUCCUUCCUCCACUCUCUCUCUCCCGCCCCCGUCCCGCCUCCCGGCCCUCCCAGUUCUGUGUGUGCCAUCCUCGCCCCGCCCCCAGUUGGUCUGCUUGCCAGUCUUAGCCGUUCUCCUGCCCGAGCAGUUGACUCAAAGUUGCAGCUUUCCGCAUCUGCCUUCGUUUUGUGUAGAUUGCCGCGUUUCUUUGUAAUUUCAGUGUUUCUGAAAAGAUUUAAAAAGGAAAAAAAAAAAAAAAGAAAAAUCAAAUUUACUGCUGCAGGUUUUUUUCUCUCUCCAUGUGUCACUAAGUGAAGUUUGUGCCUUCUAUAGCAAAGAGAAUAUUUUUUACAUCCUACUAACAGUAGAUUUUUUUGUAGUGAACAUUUUUUGUAUUUUUAUUUAUAAGUCUCAUAAGAAAAAUAGCAAUGUUCAGUUGUAUACCUUGAAUCUGCAGUUAGAAGAGAAUAAAGUUAAUUCAGUUGUCUCUGG